AUGGCAUGGCUUCGAGCCGCCAUUCUCGGAGCCAACGACGGCUUAGUAUCCAUCGCGUCACUAAUGAUGGGAGUUGGUGCCGUUAAAGACGACAUCAAGGCGAUGAUUCUCACCGGGUUCGCCGGAUUAUUCGCCGGAGCUUGUAGCAUGGCCAUAGGCGAGUUCGUCUCCGUGUACUCUCAGAGAGACAUAGAGAUAGCUCAGAUGAAGAGAGAGAAGAUAAACAAAAAUAUUACUACUACUACUACUACUAAUAAUAGUAUGGGUGAAAACGAGAAGGAGAAGCGGCUUCCGAACCCUUUUCAGGCGGCACUGGCGUCGGCACUAGCAUUUGCGUUGGGGGCCGUUGUGCCGUUACUUGCGGCUGGAUUUGUAACCGAACGUGAGGUGAGGCUUGCGGUGGUGGUGGGGGCCACCACCUUGGCGUUGGCGGCGUUUGGCGGGGUAGGGGCGGUGUUGGGAGGGACUAGUAGGGUGGGGGUGUCUUGUGGUAGGGUGGUGGUGGGAGGGUGGAUGGCAAUGGGGAUCACUUUCGGUCUCACUAAGUUACUUGGCUCUACUGGUUUGGGAAUGUGAAACAUUGAUCAUGUUUCAUUACAUGUAUUUUUAAUUAUUUGUGUUUUCUGUUUUAGUAUGUAAUAAAAUAUUAAGUUUGGUUUGUGGGGGCAGUUUGUAAUUUGUAAUAUUAUUGGGGACAAAUAAAACAUAUGCUCAUGGUUAUCAAAUCGUAAAUCAAAUUG